ACGCAUAGGCGGCACGAUAGGGCUCGAGCUCGCUCGUCUUUCGUUUAUCUUUCUCACUCCUUUAGCUCGCUCUUUUCGCUCGUGAAUUACUGUUUGAAAGAUUUGCGGAAUCCUGAUCGAAGUCUUCUUCCUCUCUUAGGUUGUUCAGUAUUUCUGGGUGAGGGUUUCGUCUGUUCUUUCUCUCGGCGGCUCCUGUUUUCAAUUACAGGACUGCGCGAACCAUCUGGGGAAUUUACUUUUGAGCAGAGUUUGUUAAAGGAACUUGUGGGACUGGGAAUACAGGGUUUUGUGGUUAGGGAAAGUAUGGAAGAGAAUACAGUUGAUGCAGAGCCUCCUGAUUCUGAUAUUGUUGAAACUGAUCCAACUGGUCGAUAUGUCAGAUAUGAAGAUGUACUAGGUUCAGGUGCCUACAAGACAGUCUACAAAGCCUUUGAUCAAAUUGAUGGAAUUGAAGUAGCUUGGAGUCAAGUUGAAAUCGAUGAUGUUUUUCGGUCGCCAAAGGACUUGGAAAGGCUUCAUUCUGAAGUCUGUCUUUUGAAAUCCCUGAAUCAUAGCCACAUUAUAAAAUUUUAUAGCUCUUGGAUUGAUGACAGAAACAAGACCCUCAACAUCAUAACUGAGUUGUUCACCUCUGGUAGUUUGAGACAGUAUCGCAAGAAACACAAGAAGGUUGAUAUGAGGGCUGUGAAGGGGUGGGCAAGGCAGAUCUUGAUGGGUCUAGACUAUCUCCACUGCCAUGAUCCCCCAAUUAUACAUAGGGACCUGAAGUGUGAUAACAUAUUUAUCAAUGGUAACCAUGGUGAAGUAAAGAUUGGUGAUUUGGGUUUGGCAACUGUUAUGCAACAAGCUAAUGCAAGGAGCGUAAUAGGUACCCCUGAGUUUAUGGCACCAGAGCUGUAUGAUGAGGAUUACAAUGAGUUGGCCGAUAUAUAUUCUUUUGGAAUGUGCAUUCUGGAGAUGGUGACCCUUGAUUACCCUUACAGUGAAUGUCAGAACUCGGCUCAGAUAUUUAAGAAGGUCACUUCUGGAAUAAAGCCUGUGGCCCUCUCCAAGGUUACUGAUCCGGAAGUCAAAGUGUUCAUUGAGAAGUGUCUAGCUCCAGCGACCCAACGAUUGCCUGCAAGGGAUCUUCUGAACGAUCCAUCUCUCCAAGUGGACGGGUGCGCAAGGAAUCAUCUAUUGCCCGUGUCUGAUGCUAUGCCAAAUCCAGCAUCCUUGGGAGAACGAUGUGUGCGUUCAGAAGAAACUUCCAGCAUGCAGCAGAACCAUCUAGUGCCCAGUAGUGCUGUAUCAUAGCCCCAAAGAGCGGUCCAGUGAUUGCGACAGUUCUAUUAGCAGUAGUUCUUCAAUGGACAUUUAUCAUUCUUUCUAUUGAUUCUGGCUGCGUGUAGGAUGGAUUUGGAGGAUGAUUUAAGUGUUGAAAGCAUUCAGAUCUUUUCUACAAAGAUCCAGAGCUGCCUACAAGCAUAUUGCUAACCAUUUUGCUUUGUUUAAUAGGAUACCAUUUAGCUUUUUCUUUGUUCUAUAGGGAUAGGGAAAUUUUUCAGCUUCAUGAGCUUCCCAUGCUCUUGAGGUUAAUUGUAUGAAAUGCAGGGUUAUGCUUUCAAUUCUAUGCAGUCUAUUUCUCUC